GAGGGGCCGCACUGCCGCAGUGGCUGCCGCGCCGUCGCCGUCCUCGCCGAUAGCCGCGCCGCGCUGUCGUCAUCCUCGCCGAGAGCGGCUCCAUCCCAUCGCACCCCCCGAACCUCUUCCCCUCCACUCCCAAGUCCCAAUGAUGAAGUCCCUCCUUUUCUCCGCCCACCACACGCCGCCGCUCCUCCCCGCCCCGCGCCUCCGCAGGCUCCUCCGCCUUUGCGCCUCCUCCGCCUCCGCCUCCGCCUCCGCCACGCCACGCGCCGACCGCCUCGUGCCCCUCUCGAGCGCGGCGCGGCCGUGCAGGGGGCUCGCGGCGGUGUCUCUAUCGCGCGGCGCGGCGGGACGGAGGUUGCCGAGCGUGUCGGCGAUGUCGUCGUCGACCCCGCCGCCAGGGCCCGUGCAGAAGUCGGAGGAGGAGUGGCGGGCUAUCCUAACGCCGGAGCAGUUCAACAUCCUCCGCCUCAAGGGCACCGAGCGGAGGAAGCUCAGUUUAGUGCGUGCAAGAACCGAUGGUUCGGGUUCCGGCUCUGCGGCGGCCGAGGCAUCCACCGUGGGAGACAAUUUGGAAGGGGAGGAAAGCGGUGGCGGGGAGUUAGUUGCUUCGGCUGGCUCAUCGGCAGGGAAGCAGCCGCCUCCCGUCAAUCCCAAGAUUGAAAAGGAGCUCAAGAAGGCAGUUCAGAAGACUGUGGCAACCUUUGCACCGAGGGCGUCCAUGAAAACAAAGAACCCUGCUGUCCCUGGAAGUGCCCUGUACACUGUUUUUGAAGUCCAGGGAUACGUCUCCAUGCUAUUGGGUGGAGCCCUUUCCUUCAAUCUCGUGUUUCCAUCAAAUGAGCCUGACAUCUGGAGGUUGAUGGGAAUGUGGUCCAUUUGGAUGUUCACUAUACCUUCACUUCGGGCCCGUGACUGCUCAAACAAGGAGAAAGAGGCGCUCAACUACUUAUUUCUCCUUAUUCCCCUGAUCAAUGUUAUAAUUCCAUUCUUCGUGAAAUCCUUCGCUGUUGUCUGGUCAGCAGAUACAGUUGCUUUCUUUGUGAUGUAUGCAUGGAAGCUUGGAUGGCUUCAAAGUUCGGAGUAAAAGAUUUUCAGUGUGCUUUCUUGGUGAUGUAUGCAUGGAAGAGGUUCAAGCCUUGAAAGCCUGCCAGGCUAAAAGAAACAAAAAUAAUCAGACCUAACACUUUACAUCUGCAAGUAGCUGAUAUCAUAAAAUGGUCAGCAUGGAUGUCAGUUUUCAGGAGACAAGAAGCAAUGUGGUGGAUGUUCUUAGCUAUCGAUGGGCAGGAAGACCAUCUCAAACAGCUCUGAUGGCCGUGAUGUUUCUUUGUUGCAUUGUAUGUACCGCAUAAGCGCAGUUAUAACGACAAUAAAAACUGACACCAUAUACCAGAUUUCUCGAUGUAGUGCUUUCAGAUUUCUUGACAGAAUAGACAUACUGUGGUCCUUUUUAAAAAGAUAAGGAACGGCGAGCCUUCGAGCUUGAGCUGAAAGAUUGAUGCAAGAGUAACUUUGUUCA